AUGGAGUUGAGUGCGCGAGGCCUUGACAACGACACCCGUGGGUGGAUUAUGUGUGUGGUCAGUGGUAUAGCGUGCAUCUUCGGCGCCUCCAUCGUCUGCCUCGACCUCAUCGUCCGCCUGUUCCCGGGGAAACGCAGCUUUCGCAUCCAGGAGAGCAACAUCUUCCUGGCGUGCUCGCUUUCCUUGAGUUUUGGAGUCAUGAUGUUCUCCGCGCUGUACAGCAUGCUCCCCGAGUCGAAAGACUAUCUUGAGAGGGACGCUUGGGCCGACCAACCCGCCGGCUUUGUCGUCAUGGGAUGCUUCAUUGGAGGCUUCCUCGGCAUCCAAAUCGUGUCUCGCCUCCUGCACCAGCACAUGCCCUCGCACGUUGUCGACUGCGACCACACCCACGAAGGCGCAAACCCACAAGGCAGCUUCUCGAGUAACCACAGUCGAAGGCAGUCCAGAGUCAGCCGAGCCCGAAGACGCCUCUCCCGUCCGCGGUCCUCUCACAGCCAUGCGAAACUCGAUGCCCAUCAAGCUGCAGAGAACGGCAUGGCGCUCGCGUGCGAAUCCACAACUUUGUUGCCGCCGUCAGUCGACACGGAUGGGAAACGCCAUGGGAAACCGUCAAGGCGACACGCAUCUACUAGAGCUGAUGGAAUGUCGCAACGCCCGACGAGCUCGUUAUUGGCUUCUCGAAGCCGUGCGACUACUACAGACCUGGAAGCGGGAGCUCGUCGUCCGUCCAUGUACGAGGUACAGAAGCGUGUCAUGUCCUUUGUCAGGGACACCAAGUGCAAUUGUGACGAGGAGGGGUCAUGCUAUGGCUAUACAGAUCCGUGUGGACAAGAAUGUUUCAAACACCUCUCUACACGCUCGCAAAGCGGCCCUAGACAUGCUGCCACGCUUCGAACCACCACCGGGCUCUUUCAUUCACAUUCGGGCUCCGUUUUUCAUGCCGGCCAUGGUCACGAUGACCCCGACACACCUAUAAGCCCCCGGUUCCGCACAAGCAGCGCUACCUCUCGCGAAGCUCCUUUCCACCAGACAGAGGAAGAAACGCACGGCCACGACGAGCAUGAUUCAUCCUGCUCCUCCGUGGAGGAGGGGGAUGCUGAGACCAGCCAACACCACCAUCACGUUCCCACAAAUGCCUUCCUUUCUAUUGGCCUUCAAACGUCCAUUGCUAUAGCUCUUCACAAGUUCCCCGAGGGCUUCAUCACAUACGCAACAAAUCACGCGAAUCCCACCCUCGGCUUCAACGUCUUCAUGGCCCUCUUUGUACACAACAUCUCGGAGGGCCUUGCCAUGUGCCUGCCACUGUACAUGGCUCUCGGGUCCCGCUGGCGGGCCAUUGCAUGGUCCGCCGUCCUGGGCGGCCUGUCCCAGCCCCUGGGAGCCGGAGCAGCAGCACUGUGGUUCAAAGUGGCGCAGAGGUCCAACAUGACUCCAAAUGCAUUGGUAUACGCCUGCUUAUUUGCCGUCACGAGUGGAAUCAUGGUGAGCGUGGCCCUGCAGUUGUUUGUAGAGGGGUUAAGCUUGAAUCACAAUCGAAAUCUGUGCAUCUUUUUCGGGUUCUUGGGCAUGGCUGUUCUGGGGCUGAGCAAUGCGUUGCUUGCCGCGCAUUGA